GAAUGCAGUUAGAGGAUCCUGGGAAGCCGAGUGCCUGGAUGGAGCCUGAGCUGGGUCUCUGACUCAUUUCUGACUUUAGUUCUUUCAGUAGGGAAAAUGGCGAAGAUGUUCAGUUUCAUCCUUGUUGCCACUGUGGUGGUGAUGGCCAGGGAAAGUUGGGCUGUCACGAACUGCGCCCAGGAGCAGGCGCGGCUCAGAGCCCAGGUGCGCCUGCUUGAGACCCGGGUCAAACAGCAACAGGUCAAGAUCGCGCAGCUUUUGCAUGAGAAGGAAGUCCAGCUCCUUGAUGAUGGGGCCGAGAAUAACGUCAUUGAUCAUGGAGGCAAGAGGCAGCAUGAAGAUAGUGUAGAUUGGGAGUCGGACCCUGUAAGAGUCAAUCGUUGCUGGUUCCUUGCAAGCCUCCACCCUGAUAAUUCUGCAGCCUUCCCACCUCGCACCCGCCCGCGGCGCGAUGGCCCCACCGGCCCAAGCAGGCCGAAGGGCUGGGCGGGGGCGCACAGGUGGCGAGAGGGGACUGGGAGGCCGAUCCUCAGGCUAGCCCGCCUGGCCCGGGGCGCCAGCAUUAGGCGCAGCAGAGCUCCGGUCGCCCGCGGGGACGCUGGGUUCAGCCAGGUGCGCCGGCAGCAGCCCGGGGCACCGCGUCGCACGUGGCAACAGGUGCAGCGCGGGCCUGGGGGACGCCCGGGCGUGGGGCGCGUCCGCACUUCGCCCGGGAGCGCGCGGGGCUUCGGGAUUGGGACACUGGAGCGCGAGAGCACGGAGCGGGCGGGCGGGGCCCGCCAACCUGCCGAGCCCGGCGGAGCGCAGCGCUGCGGAGACUCCCCGGCGGCGUCCCGAGGUACCGCCUCGCGCGUCUUUCAAGUUUCUCGGGGCGCAGCCCCCGUGCUCGCCGCCUGCUGCGAAGGGGCCGCCGCGGAUUUGAACCGGGGAGAGUUCUCUUCUUCCUUGGAGCUAAACCAAACAUUUGACAUCGCAGUGGAUAAAGCUAACCACACCAUUAUAUCACAUCAUGCCAUAGAAAAGAGUCAGUCUUUGCCUACCACUGGAAGUCUGCCACCAGCCAGUAUGAAAAGUGGAAAUACAUCUUCUUUAUCCUAUUCCACUCGGACGUCUUCCCAUUCUGAUAAGAGGCAUGCAAGAGAAACUAGUUAUGACAGAAAGAACUUUGCAAACCCUCAAUCCACACCAUUGGAGGCUCGAGACACAACUUACACAGCAUUUUCUGAUGUAGUGAUGCAAACUGAGGCUUUUGUUCCAGAUACUGAAAAUCAGUGUCAGUAUUCUUCAGGAAAGGUCACCAGUGAGUACACAGAUGGGUCACAGCAAAGACUAGUUGGAGAAAAAGAGAUACAAGCUCUAACACCAGUUUCUGAUGGCAUGGAAGUCCCCAGUGGGUCCAUAUUACAAAAGUUCUUUUGUUUAUCUAAAGAUGAACCAAAUAGUGACACACAUUCACAGAGCUCAUAUGGGCACAAGGAACUGGGCCAACAUCUGAGAGAGACAGUGUCCAGUUGUCUUAUUGAUGAUGAAUGCCCUUUAGUGGUGCCAGCUUUUGAUACAAAUAAAGCCCAAGUGCUGAGUCCAGAGCAUAAGGUCAUGGUGACUAAAGACACACAAAUUGCCUCCAACGAAAAGGAUUUGGGAACCCAAAAUCGUACCUCAGAAUUGAUACUAAGUAGCUCGCCAGGACAAAACGUGGUUUCAGCCUUUGAACUGACUUGGGAAGCAGAUAAUAUGGUCAUUAGCACAAAUGACACGGUUUGCAUGUCAACACCAGUCCAGGAACCCACAAAUAUGACCCUUUCUGUUUCACCUAUCAAAGCAACAGAGAAAUGUAAAAAAGUGGAAAAGGGAAAUCGAGAACUUAAAGACUUGUCAAACUUGAGGGGGGCACCUGUGAACAUGUCUAAACCUAGUCUAGGAAAAUCAACAACCAAAACAAACACCCCAAUAGGCUGCAAAGUUAGAAAAACUGAAAUCAUAAGUUACCCAAGACCCAACUUCAAGAAUGUCAAAGCUAAAGUUAUGUCUAGACCAGUGUUGCAGCCCAAAGACCCCAUCUUGUCAAAGGUCCCACCCAAACCCCAGGUGACCGGUGUCUGUCCACCCUCAUCAGCAUCUAACUCAAGACAGUUGACCGUUCUGAGCAAAACACCAAGAUCCGACUUGAGCGCAGACACGAAAGCAGAAAUCCUCGUUAACAAGACGCAUAAGCAGCAAUUUAAUAAACUCAUUACUGGCCAGGCUGUGCAUGUUACAACUCAUUCUAAAAAUGCUUCACACAAGGUUCCAAGAACAACAUCUGCCGUGAAAUCGAAUCAGGAAGACGUUGACAAAGCAAGUUCUUCUAACUCAGCAUGUGAGACUGGGGCCGUAGCAGCGUUUUUUCAGAAGAUCAAAGGCAUGCUCCCUGUUAAAAUGGAAAGUGCAGAAUGCUUGGAAAUGACAUACGUUUCUAACGUCGAUAGGAUUAACCCUGAAAAGAAGGGUGAAAAAGAAAAUGGGACACCUAUGGAAAAACAAGAGCUAAAACAGGAAAUUAUGAAUGAGACUUUUGAAUAUGGUUCUCUGUUUUUGGUGAAUAGAGGACUGGACGGCAAGGAGGCCUUCUCAGUCACGAGGAUGGGCGCCAGCCAGAGAAUAGAGUGA